AACAAUCAAGGAGAAAAGCAAAACGAAGUUCGUGUCGCCACCUAACAUUAUUACCACCACCACUACCACCAAAUCUCUACCCACCCAACCAACAUUACCAACCGUCUCUCUCUCUCUCCUUCUCUCUCACUGUUUCUCUCCCAUAUUUCUCUCAGAAACUAGGGUUUGAAAAAUGAAUAAUUCACCACCACCGCCGUCUAUACCAGAUAUCGACUCAAUCUCAAUCCAGAUGUUCAACGACGACGACGACCAACACCUCCCCGCCGCGUCAUCGUCUCUCUGGGACUGGACCGACUUUCUAGACUUCGAUCAAUUCACUUCCACUGCUGUACCGCCCAGUCUACCACCUCCGCCGCCGGCGAUUGCGCCGGAACCUAAAAGCACCGAUAAGGUCCGGAAGCGGGACCCACGACUAGUCUGUUCCAAUUAUUUAGCGGGUCGGGUGCCCUGUGCGUGUCCGGAGAUGGAUGCGAAGCUGGCGGAGAUGGAGGAGGAAGAAGAGAUUGGGCCGGGGAAGAAGAAGGCCCGGACUGUUCGGAUUGGACCGGGCGGGUUUCGCUGUCAGGUUCCGGGUUGUGGUGUCGAUAUUAGUGAGCUGAAAGGGUAUCAUAAGAGGCAUAAAGUGUGUUUAGGGUGUGCGAAUGCGAUUAGUGUGUUUAUUGAUGGGGAGAAUAAGAGAUACUGUCAACAGUGUGGCAAGUUCCACAUUCUGUCGGACUUUGAUGAAGGUAAGCGCAGUUGUAGACGGAAACUAGAGCGCCACAAUAACAGACGCCGAAGAAAAUCUACGGAUUCCAAGGGCCUCACUGAAAGAGACACCCAACAGCUUUCAUCAGCCGAAGAUGCUGGUUUUGAUGAUGUCACUGCUGGAGUUUUCUUGAACAACCAGGAGGUAGAAAGGGAACCAUUGGUUGAUGUUGAAAGACCUACAUCCUUACUCUGCUCAGCUCCAAGCUCUCAAAAUAUCCAGAGUGAUAGCGGUGUAUCACUUGCAGGCUCUGGUGAAACUCAAGGUGAUGAGGAAAAAGAAAAGUGUAAUCAGUCUCCAUCCUAUUACGAAAAUAAAAAUGUUUUCUCCUCUGUGUGUCCCACUGGCCGGAUCUCCUUCAAGCUUUAUGACUGGAAUCCUGCUGAGUUCCCUCGACGACUUCGGCACCAAAUUUUUCAGUGGUUGGCCAACAUGCCAGUUGAGUUGGAGGGAUAUGUCCGUCCCGGUUGUACAAUCUUGACUGUCUUCGUAGCAAUGCCAAACUCAAUGUGGGUUAAGGUAUGUGGAGAUCCUGUGGCUUCUUUACAGAGCCUUGUUGCGCCUGGAAGUAUGCUUUUUGGAAAGGGUAGCUUUUAUGUGUACCUAAACAAUGUUAUAUUUCAUGUUCUGAAAGAUGGAACAUCUGUAGUGAAAGUCCGGGUGAAGAAAGCAGCUCCCAAGCUUCACUAUGUUCAUCCUACAUGCUUUGAGGCUGGCAAGCCAAUGGAAUUACUUGUUUGUGGAAGUAAUCUACUUCAACCCAAAUUUCGGUUUCUUGUAUCUUUUUCUGGGAAUUAUCUUUCAUGCGAUGAUGUUUCCUUUUCAACAUUAAAUGAUGUUAAAGACGAGGACACGUCCAGUUCUCUUGACCACCAGUUGCUCAAAAUUUGUGUUCCUCAUACCGAAUCAAAUGUCUUUGGGCCUGCUUUCAUUGAGGUCGAGAAUGAAUCUGGCGUGUCGAACUUCAUUCCCAUACUCAUUGGUGAUCAACAGAUAUGCUCUGAAAUGAAUACUAUACAGCAUAAACUUGUUACAUCUCUUCAGUUGAAUGAAUCUCAGUUGUUAGAUGCAAGUUCCAGUUCUCCAUGUGAUGUUUCCAUUUUAAGGCAGAAGUACUUCUCUCAGUUUAUCCUAGAUGUUGCAUGGUUGCUAAAGGGGUCAGCUUUGGGAAAUGAGCAACAAUUCCUGAGUUCUUCUCAAAUACAACGGUUUAAUGGUUUAUUAGAAUUCCUCAUUGACAAUCAGUCUGUCGUCAUAUUGGAAAGAGUAUCUUACUAUGUGAAGAUCAUGGUGAACAAUAGCUUGAUUUCGGGUGUUAAUGAUGCUGACAUUAAACUGUGUAAGAAGAAUAUUUGUCAUGCUAAUGCCAGGCUUACUCGGAAGUUUCAGGGCAAGGUAAACUAUGCAGUGCCAGUUCUAAAUUAUGUUUCCCAAGGUGAUUAUUUGGAGGCAAGCUCUAAAAUAGACUUGUUUACCUAUGUUCCUGUUACGAAUCAGGAUAUUAUAAUGGAGGAAAACAUGUUUCGCAGUGUAAUGGCUUCCACAUAUCCUGACAGGACAGAAACUGCUCCACUGUUAAAUACGGAGGUUUUAAUGAGUGUUAACAAUUCGAAAAAGCAGCACGGGAUUUCUUCCAGUCUCGUGAUUACAAAUACAGUUUUGCCCCCUCGUCCUCUAAUUUUUCUAGUUUCUUCUGUUGCUGUUUGUUUUGGAAUUUGUGCCAUAGUUUUUCACCCUCAGAAGGUUAGUCAAAUAGCAGUAACCAUUCGGAGGUGUUUGUUCGACCACUCCUAAUGUACUCAUCUUAUACACAAACCAAGGUUUCCUUAUAGACACAUUGUAAAAAUGACCAUUACAGUGUUAUAGAUGGGUAUUAGGAAAUGUUAAUACACUUAUGUUGAUUGAGGCUGUGAGUUUGCUGUAACAAGGUCUGGUGGGUAUCAAAGGCAUGACGUCAAUAAGUUGGAAGAAGGAAGCUUGAUGAUAAUAAAAGAUGCAGUUUCUUUCUAGUCGUCUGUGCCAUCUCUGUCAAGUCUUGGUUAAUUUCUUUUGUACCUUUGUAAAAUCUAAUUAUGUGGGUGUAUGAAUAGGAGAUUACAUAAUGUAUUUUAGCAACAGCGUUUUUGUGCCUUGGCUAGAUGUUUUAACUGGUCGAAUGGUUGGUUUUUGAUCACUUGCUGUAUAUGGGUGAAGGAAUAAAGGAAUUUCAGUUGGGUUGAA